AUGAGACCUGACAACAUCAACCCCAGGACUGGGCUGGUGGUGGCUCUGGUCAGUGUAUUCCUGGUGUUUGGCUUCAUGUUCACAGUGUCUGGGGUGAGGGGGGAGACCCUGGGUGGAGUGCCCCUCAUCGCCAUUGGCCCUGCCAUCUUCCUGCCUGGCCUGGCUGCCAUCAUCCUGGCAAAGAAGACGGACGGCUGCACCAAGUGGCCUCCCUGCCCCCCCUAUUGCCGCUCCUGCCGUUCCUGCCACCGCUUGAAGGAAGAGCGUGAGGAUGAGUUGCUGAGGGCUGGCCUCAGGGACUCAGGCUGGGAGGGCAGCAGCCACCAACAGGGGCUGUGUAAGAGCCCGGGGUCUGAGGACAGGGGCUCCCAGACUGACUCUAGUAGCCUGAUCCCAAAGGGUGAGCAAGAAGUUGCCAGAAGGUUCCUGGAGACUUUCUACCCAGCUGGUGUCUUCAACCAAUGUGCCCUGGGCAACCUGUGCCCCAACCGGAACAACGCUUUCUACACCAGUGUGUACAGUACCCGGGACAGUGUGAUCUAUGCCCCCCCUACCCAACGGGACAGUGUGCCCUACGGCAGGUACUAUUGCUGCUAUCCCAGCCCCGGAGAGCCACGCCAUAUCAGGUUCUGCUGGGACUACGAGACCAUUGUGUGAACUGGCAAAGCGGGCAACUGCCCUGUGGACUCUACACUCAACAACCAAAGCAAAAUCAACCAGACAAUAACAACAACGACUUGCAUUUAUAUCACACCCUUCAUGCGGGGGAGGGUCUCAGAGCGAGGGUCUCAGAGGGAGCGCUUCACAGUAGCGAAGCCGAGCCGGCUAACCGGGGAGGAGGGAGGAGGUGACCGUAAGC